AUGACGAACAAUGUGAACUGGAAGAAUGAUCGAGGGUGGACAUCAUUAAUGUUGGCGGCUAGAAAUGGCCAUGUUUCAGUUGUAAAAACAUUGGUUGAGGAAGGGUGUGAUGUGAAUAUUCUAAACUCCUCCGGACAAACUGCACUGGACAUUGCUAAAUUCUGGAACCAUCAAGACGUGGUUGAUUUUCUAACUGGUAAAUCAAGACUACCAGAGGACAGUCAACUGUAUAAUUUUUAUUCAAGAAAUCCUUUAUACCGAGCAGCCGAUAAACGCAAAGACUCUGAUUGGCUGGACAGUACGCUAAAAUUAGAAACCACGAAUAUUAUUGUUUUUAGAGAUUUGAAUGUGUUUAUAGUGCCUAGCGAGGAGCCAAACUCGCGUAAAAAGUCGUUAGGAGUGUUUAAAUACGUACAGUUGGCUGAUUACUUAGCAUCGAAACCAUUAGUUGUGUUUUUAGGGUUAGAAACCUGGGAUCCCCAUUCUGCAGCGUGGUUUGCUGCGGAUGUUUCUCAACUAGAUGAAUCUUUUUUUAAAGAGAAAUAUACCGAGGGAUGUUUUGUUGAUAGUUAUCGCUCCACCAUGCAGUUAAAAGACACGGACGCUGGAAUAUUUGCUGAAGCACGUUCUAUUUUAGCGUGGCAUGAUCGGUAUAAAUUUUGUCCAACCUGUGGAUCCUCGACAGUGCUGGCUGAGGCAGGGUAUAAACGAGAAUGUUGUGAUAAGAGUUGUAGGUCACACAAUGGUGUUCAUAAUACCAACCACCCUCGAGUUGACCCCUCAAUGAUAAUGUUGAUUGUCUCCCCUUCUGGUAAGAAAUGUUUGCUAGGACGGAAGAAAAGUUUCCCUCCAAAGAUGUACUCCUGUCUUGCAGGUUAUAUGGAACCAGGUGAGAGUAUAGAAGCAUGCUGUAGAAGGGAGGUCGAAGAAGAAAGUGGUAUAAAAGUAGGACAAAUAGAGUACCAUUCCAGUCAGCCCUGGCCGUUCCCUGCGGUCAUCAUGUUGGGGUGUAUAGCUUACGCUAAAACAGAUAUUAUUACAGUUGAUAAAGAAGAAUUAGAAGACGCGAAAUGGUUCUCACGUCAAGAUAUUGCUGCCAUGGCAACUGAUAAACAUCCUGAAAAGUACUUUUUCCCACCUCCUCAAGCCAUCGCACAUCAACUUAUUAAAUCUUGGUUAAGUCGAACCUCAAAUCUCUGA